CUCAAUUCAAAGUUCCUUCUCUUCAUUGCUUUCUUUCUUUCUUUUGAGAUUUUUACACCCUUUUCAAUUUAGCAAAUUCUAUUCGGAUUCAAUCGAUGGUAGAAGUUACUCUCAAGGCCGAGAUCACGCACCCGAUCCCUAAGGCCAAGUUGGUCGAGGCUUUUCUCGAAGCCAAGGGCUUCUUCCCCCACACCCUCCUACCAGCCAUAAAAAAUGCCGACAUCCAGGAGACGAUCUCUGUCGAAGGCAGACAGCGCAGGACGGUGAGGCACACGGUUAAAGCGCCGGACCAGGAGCCCUUCCUCUACAACCACUCGACCGUCGAUCGUGAUGAGCAGGGCAGAAUCUCCAAGGAAACCAGCCAUGAGGUGAAGAUCGUUGCGUUGCCCCUGGAAGGUGGCUCGGUCUGUAAGUACGCGGGCAGGUGCUUCACCGUCGGCCAAGGGGAUAUCACCGAGGAGGAGAUGAUCGGGGCCAUGAGAGAGAAGGCGUCCGUGAUGUUCAAGGCCAUCCUGGAUUAUCCGGAGGCGAAAUCCAUGAAACCCAGUAAACCCAGUCUGGAUUAUCCCACUGCGUAUUGGCCCAGUAGUCCUGAUCCUGUAAUCGCUCCGCCAAGGCGAUAUUUGUGAAUAUGAUGGUGGUUCUGGGAAAUGUCUCGUAAAAUUGCUCUACUUGCUUCCUUCGCAAGCCCAUAUGAAGUGUUGUCCGAAUAAACUUUGGUCCGAUGUGGUCCUCGAUUGAGUGAUUAUCGUA